UAUUCCCCUCGCAACAUCUUUUAGCUUUUCAGCCUCGUAUUAUGUUUUGAUUUUCAGAAAAGAUCAUCGCCAUCACACACGGAGGUACAUACAUACAUGCAUGUACCGUGAAUUCAACAAGAAACGUAUAACGUCUCCGAAUCUUCUCGUUAUCGCUUCGUAAGAUCUUCACUUCCUCUGUAGAUUGAAAUUUAUUCUCUCGCCCUCCCACUCACUACCUGCGGAUUACCUCGUAGUUACUUGCAUUCCUCCUUUAUUUUUACUUUACGUACCUACGGAUAAGUUAAACGCAUAAGCACGGACAAGACAUUAAUCAAGGACCAAAUUUCAUUCAAGAAAGGUAUGUAUGUUGAAAUACAACCAUUUUAUACUACAUUUCACCCCUCGAACCCUCGACCUCGCUCACGGAUCCAUAGAAGGAGGAGCAGUUCCUUGUUCGCAAGCCUUGCUUUGGGCCUUUUGGCUCUUCUUUCCUCAGCAUCUUCCCUGGACAUUACCCUAUAUCCUUGCGAUGGAUCACUCAAAAAUAAUGCUUGUUUCCCCUUCCCAAGCCCUCUGCCCGAGGUUUUCACAGCACAUUGUAUUAUUUUGCCAUUUUCUUGCAUCUAAUAAUCCAGGCACAGCUGGGGCUUUCAUUAUCGCGACUGGAAGCCCCAGCCGCAGCCGCAGCACUUCUUGGUGAAGAAUAAAAAUAACAAAAAUUUUAAAGCAGGUAGUUAAUCAGUCUUCUGGCUCGCUCGCUCCUACCAAACACACUAAAGCACUUCACUUAUUAACUCCCAUGCUGUUUCCCCCGGGGCUUUCCUUCCUUUCUCCGCAUUCAUACAGCACUCACUCGUACUGGUACAGAGUACUCAUGGCAAAACAUAAAAGUCCAUCGUAAAGUACCUAGUAGCUAUUUAUUCGUAGCUACUUUCUGAUAGAUUCUAGCUACCCAGCCACAGCAUAAAGGGCAAGUGAUGCCCUGGUGAAAAAAUAAAAGGCUAAAACCUUUUUAUCUCCUUUCUCUUGUCUUGUUUCAACCCUCAACCCUCAUCCUCUCUCUCUCUCUCUUUCUCUCUAACAAUCAAUCGCUCUAUCGUCCUUCAUAAUAAUUCCUUGUCAUACAUUCAAUUGUCUGAUAAUUCAAUCACCAUCAUCCUUCGUUUCUCCUCUCUUGCUCGCUCUCUUCAUUCGUUCUACCUUGAGUGGCAUUGCAGCACACUACUGCACCUCAUUUACAGGCUUAUAGCUGCAUUGGCAUUCACUUAAUUCCCUAAUACAAUCCUUGGAAUUUCUUCUCUGGACCAAGAUAACUUGGUUAAGCAAUCAUGACUUCAGCCGCUAAUGGACGGAAGAUCCAAGACCUUGAGCAAAAGCUCGGCUCAAGUAUUAACACUUCCUUGAUGAACAAGACCGAUUACUUCCUCAACGAGAAACAAGAUAUCGAAGCGGACAAACCUCGAAAGUCAGACAUGAUGCCUUCCAUUCGUCAAUUCCUCCUAACUCUCAUGGUCGUUUCCCUCCUCACCAUCACAAUCGUUUCUGCCACGACGACGAGCGGGAAUCUAGGAAAUGUCUCACCUCCUUGUAUGGAAGAUCAACAAGCUUUCAGGGAAUUGUUGGAUACUAUUGAGCCUGCCAUGCUACAUGAUGUGCUCCAUCAACACAUGACAGAGAAAUAUCAACACGGUGUAUACGAAGAUGAUAAGGAAGCUAUACAGGCUGUGUACAGGCAGGAACCCGGGGUCGCACACGCCUUGGUUGAGGCAGCAAAGGCAAAUGCUAUGGUUGAAUUGGCCAAGAGACAGGUCGGCUCGAACUCGACGACUACGCAGGCUCCGAGUACGACAUCGAGCGCCACUUUGACUACUCUCACUUCCCAGCCGGUCACAACUUCCAUUUCCUCAACUUCGGUCUCGGUAGCUCCAUCUUCUACAUCCGUCACAACCACAGCUGUUGUACCAACCAGCACCUCAGAGAGAACAUCUGCAACGACCUCUGCCACCACUCAAGCAGUUUCCCCAACCACGACUCCAAGUUCGACGACUGCACAGAUUUCCACAUCCUCCCGAGCUGCCACAACUGACGAAACCACAUCAUCACAAGUAUUACCAGCAACAACAAGUACAUCAGUCUCAACGCCUACGAUAACUACACCAGUCUCCACAUCCGCGACAACUACAAGGCCGGGUAUGUUCAAAAGCAGGUCGACCCUGCAUUCCUUUUCUCCCACUUCCACUUCUGCUUCUACUUUUCUCAACUUUUUUUUUGUGAAUUCUACCAUUUCUGCUUCCUUUACUACUGUAGUACCUUACGACUCCACGGCUUCGACUGUGGGUUCUCACCCCGCCACGUCGAUGUCUUUGAGCUCAAGUUCCAUGGUAUCGUCUGCGGUUCACAUAUCUGCAAGUUCAACGAUAUUCUUGGGGGGUCUCUCCGUAAUUCUUAAUGCCAUAAUUUCUAGUUCUACUCCUUUUGGAUACCAUUCUAGUGCUGUUUCUGUUCUUGAUCUCAGUUCUACUGGACGCCCUUCUAUGGCUGUGGCUGUUUUUGGUUCCAGUCCUGUUGCAUACCCUUCCACGGCUGUAUCUGUUUUUGGUUCUAGUUAUAGUUCUAGUUAUAGUUCUAGUUCUAGCUCUGUUGGAUACCCUUCCACAGCUGUGUCAUUUUGGGGUUCCAGUUCUCUUGGACAUCAUACACCUUCAUCAAUUUCCGUAUCUGGUUUAAGUUCUGGUUUUGGAAAAUAUAGCACUUCCUUGGCUAUAACAUCCGCUUCUAGUUUCUUUGGAUAUGACAAUCUUUCCGCUGUCUUGCUGCUACCUAUUUCCACUUUCAUUCGAUCUCAGGACAGCUUUACAACCUCAAUUUCUAGUACUCUCGUCAAUAUUCCCAGCAAUGUUUUUUCUUCAUCGUUUUCAGGCUUAGACUUAUACUCGGAUUCAGGAUCGACUGCUACCUCUAUCUCUCGGUCUCAGACCUCUGCAUCAGCUCAAGUCGCUACACCUACAACGGGAGCGUCCACCACCUCCUCUCGAGCUUCUGAAGCAACAUCAGGUACUAUUGCUCCUGUCUCCGUUACUACAGGAGCUUCUACAAGUGAGGCCCCUCUACCUACGGGGGAGUCAACUUCUCAGGUCACUGCCUCUGAAGCUUCUGCAAGUGAGGCCCCCCUUCCUACCGGGGAGUCGACUUCUCAGGCCACUGCCUCUGGAGCCACUACCUUGGCUGGUGCCUCAAGUUCUUCAGCAGAGGUUUCCGGCUCUGUUGUCUUGUCUACAUUGGCUAGUUCUGCGAGCUCUACUGUUACUAGCUCUGUUUCUAUCGUGGUUGUUACGUCAAGAUCUACUAACAUGGCUGAAUCUACAGCUUCUCCUGCAGACGAUACUCCUACAAAAGCCGCCGUAACAACUAGCAGCAGCACAUCGACCCGAGUCUUCACUACAACCUUACCCAAUGGUUCCCUUUCCACUGUCACAGCUGUCACAGUAGUUCCUGCUGUAAUCACUGGCGGGUCGUCCGGUGGAUCCUCCACCACCUCAUCUGGGAAAGCAUCAUUGCAAACCAACAGUGCCGGAAAGAACAACAUGGGAAUCAACAUGGUUCUGGGUGCCUUCGGAAUGAUGGUGGUCGGUGCAUUAUAGGCCAAAAAGUCGGGACGAACACUUCGAAUUAGAACUCUUUUGAUAUUUACACAUUUGCAUAGCGUUCGGUGUCAUGUUUCUACGGUCACAGGUUUAUUCAACUAUCAGUCGCUCAUUCUUACGACCGUAACGGCUUGGCACGAAUAUAUCAUCACUCUUUUAUUAACGGACUUUGGAUCGGCGCAUAGAUUGGAAUAGCCCCAUCAUGGGGCAUGUGCUUUGCUUCGCAUCAUUGCUGGGAAAAAUUGGUUAGGAACUGAACAGUGUUAUACUUUACAUGGAAGACUCGUGGAGACGGAUUAUUGGUAGUGGACAAAAUGAAUAUAUGUUAAUACGGUGGAAGGAAGUAGCAAACUGGAGCAUCGUGGUGAAGGGGUUUUGGAAAAACGAUAAUGCACCUGGGUACACCUGCAAAACUAGUAACUGCCUUAUGUUUAACCUGAAUCGUUAAGUGUGAGAACUUAUACGUGCCCGUGGAUUCCCAUCAUUUUCCCUUGCUCGAGUGUUUCGGAAUUUAUUAGUUUCAGGUUAUCUCAUCCUUAAACCCUCUAAUUCAAUUAUAUUU